CCUUCUGUUGUACGCCGUGCGUAACGCAUUGUACAGUCAUUUCAUCUGUAAUGUAAAUCGCAUAUUUUUUAAAGGCACAAUUAGCCUUUGUAUAUUUCUUAUCCUUGAACCACGGAUCAUAUGCAAUAUUGUUUGCACAAAAACGAAUACUAUCGUUGCCAAAAUAUCCAAACCUUUCGAGAGUUCGAGAAUAAUCUCCCGAUAAAUUUCUCGAUACAUCGAAAUGAUUGGUCGGCAUAAGUAGCUUCCUGCUUGCUUGUAACUUCGCCUUCGCACGAGCGCACGAGGGAUGUUAAUAGGCAUUAUUUUACUCGUAUCGUAGGAUUUUUUUAAAUAUACGAUUUACCGAGCGACCGAAUCAAUUGAAAAGACUGAUAUUGUUGAUAUCCAUUAGUGAUUGUGAAUACGAUAAGUUAGCGUAAUGGCAUUAAACCCCCAAUAUGAAGUUAUCGGGAAGGGUUUCGUACAACAGUAUUAUGCGAUGUUUGACGACCCUGCUCAAAGACAAAAUUUAAUGAAUAUGUACAAUACCGAGUCAUUCAUGACAUUUGAGGGUUUGCAAAUACAGGGUGCUAUGAAAAUCAUGGAAAAAUUAACUAGUUUAACAUUUCAAAAAAUAAAUCGGAUAAUCACUGCGAUUGAUUCACAACCAAUGUUUGAUGGUGGCGUACUCAUUAAUGUAUUAGGAAGGUUGCAGACUGAUGAGGAUCAGCCCCAUGCAUACAUCCAGACAUUUGUCCUGAAGCCAAUUGGCGUGAGCUUUUACGUGCAGCAUGACAUCUUCAGACUUGCUCUGCACGACACGGCAGAUGAAGAUCCACCACAUGCCUUCUCACAAAUUUUUGUGCUGAAGCCACUGGGGAAUUCAUUCUUCUGUCAACACGACAUCUUCCGCCUUGGAAUUCAUGAUAGUGCAUGAAAAUGAAGUGUCUGCGAAUUUAUCAGAAUGAUUAGCAGACAAUUGUCUGAGCAAUGGACUCCCCAGGGAUUGAAAUAAGUGAGCUACUUCCUUCUUAUUAUCCUUUGUCGUCGCAUAUUAUUCCAUUCUUUCUAGAUACUGCAGUUUUUAUACGAAAAAUAUUCGCUUAUAUCUUGGCCACAGAGCAAAAAGAGAGGAGCAUUAAAAAUAAAUACAGUUUAAUAAUUUUCUUGUUUCUCUUAUUAUUUUUUUUCUUACUAAUUAUGCCUGUUGUUGAUUAUACAUUUAUAAUAUAAUAUUAGGAUACAAUGAAUUAUUACAUGAUGUUUCAUUCUCAUGGUUAAUUAUUACGCUUCAAAUUACAUUGUUACAUAUUUUAUCCCCUUAUGCUGUGUGUAUUUUUGUAAGACAAAUACUAGCCAUUAAAUACAAGAUCUGGAGUUAA